UCGGAAAUGAAGAUGGGACUUUUGUCCCAAAACUUAGACGGACAAAAAGUAUCAUAAUGGAAAAAACAGAUUUCGAAGACCCUGAUGAAUUAUAUGAUUCUACAUCAGAUAGUGGUGAUGAGUAUGUGCCAGAUUCCACCACUGAAAGUGAUGACAGUGAUUUCAACCUCACAUCAGUCAUUGGGACAAAACCGUGGCCCCUGACUGAAUUAUGUCAUGACUCUGAAUCUGAAUCGUGUCCUCCAGUGUGUGACACCACGACACCACACCUUGAAAGCUUGAGAUACAACAGCAGUACAUCUGACAUCAGUGUGAAUGAAGAACCCUGUUCAAGUCAGGAUGCAAUUGACACCGUAGUUGUGCAAGCUUGCCAAAAGAGAAAUGGCAAUAGAGUGUACAACAAGAAACAGUAUUGCUUGUAUUGUAAGAAGGCCUAUGCAAAGAUGGCAAGACAUCUAGAACGUGCACACCAUAAUAAACUGGAUGUGGCUAAAGCUCUUAGUUUACCAAAAGGUUCCUUGGAGAGAAAGAAACAGCUAGAGUACAUUCGCAACAGAGGCAACUAUGCCCACAAUGCUGCUGUUAUAGAGUCAGGGAAAGGGGAGUUGGUUCCAUUUAAACGCCCAACUAAAGAUGCACAGGGGAAGGAUUUCAUGCACUGUGCAUACUGCCAAGCACUUUUUACGCGAAAAGUCCUGUGGCGACACAUGCGACGUUGCAAACUUCAGCCUGCAUCCGUACCUGUCAAACCAGGAAAGAAUCGUGUUCAGUCCAUGUGCACAUUCAUGCAACCUGUGCCUUCGCACAUCGGUAAACAGAUGUGGGGAGUCAUCAGUGCCGUGAUUCCUGAUCCGAUCACCGAUGUUGUGAAAAAUGAUAAUGUCAUCAUCCAAGUUGGACAGCACCUAUUGAACAAGGGUGGGAUGUCGGCCAAGAAUCAACAGUGUGUGCGUGAAAAGAUGCGAGAAAUAGGAAGACUGAUUCAUAAUGCAAGAAGAGUUACCUCCUUAAAAACAAUGGAAGAUUUCAUAAUUCCAAAGAAUUACUUGCAGGUGAUCAAAUCUGUCAAGCAAUGCCCGACCAGAGAGGAGAACAUUCUGGAUCACUGUUACACCACAGUCAGGGAUGCUUAUCACGCCGUCCCCCGUGCUGCACUGGGACUCUCUGACCACGUCAUGGUCCACCUGAUUCCUGCUUACAGGCAGAAACUAAAGCUCUGCAAACCUGUAGUGAGGACAUCAAAGAAGUGGACCAGUGAGGCUGUGGAGGAUCUACAGGCGUGUUUGGACUCUACUGACUGGGAUGUAUUCAGGACUGCUACCAACAGUCUGGAUGAGUACACAGAGGCUGUGACGUCAUACAUCAGCUUCUGUGAGGACUGCUGUGUUCCAUCAUGCACCAGGGUGAGUUACAACAAUGACAAACCCUGGUUCACAGCCAAGCUCAGAAGGUUAUGGUUGGAUAAGGAAGAGGCCUUCAGGAGUGGAGACAAAGACAGAUUUAAAGAGGCAAAGUACAAGUUUAGCAAGGCGGUGAAAGAAGCUAAACGACUGUACUCUGAGAAGCUCCAACACCAAUUCUCAGCCAACGACUGA